AUGUCGGUCACCACAACAGACAACGCGCGCAUAACGACCAUUCGCCACGCUCUUGAAGUCAGCCAUGAUCAGCCAUCUGACAGUGAAGCAGUUUCAGCACCACCGCCAAACGCGCAGUCACCCUUUGCGCAGGCAGAAGCGGUCAACCCUCCAGGCUGGGAGGACCGUUGGCGACGAGUGCCGUCUUACAGGCCUAUACGCAAUCAACUAGACGACCAGCGGAACGUGUACACUAAUGCGGUCGAGCAGAACUUCAUUCGAGUAAUGUUUGGUGGCGUUUACAUGCAAUCCACGCUUGCGCAGAUCUGGCGUGCGACUGGAGGCAAGUUGGACGAUAAGGCGUUUAACUACAAGAUCGGCGGAGAGUUCUAA